AUGCUGCCAAGUCGGCCAAGGAACCUGCCAAGUAGGCCAAGGGAACCUGCCAAGUCCACACGAACCUGCCAAGUCGUAAGGAAACCCAAGUCGGCCAAGGAACCUGCCAACCUGCCAAGCAACAGGCCAGGGAAAACUGUCAAACGACCAAGGAACCUGCUAAGUCGGCCAAGCAACCUGCAAGUUGGCCAAGGAAACUGCAAGUCGGCCAAGGAACCUGUCAAGCCGGCCAAGCAACCUGCCAAACCGGCCAAGAAAUUGCCAACCUGCCAAGCCGGGGAAACUGAAGAACCUGCCAAGGCCGGCCAAGCCCUGCCAAGCCGGCCAAGCAUCUGCCAAGUCGGCCAAGGAACCUGCCAAGCCGGCAAGAAACUGCCAAGCCGGCCCAAGGAAGCAUCCAAGCGGUCCAAGCGGCCAAGUCGGAACAAGGAACCUGCCAAGUCGCCGGCCAAGGGAACAGUGCCAAGUCGGCCAAAGGAAACUGCCAAGCCGGCCAAAGGAAACUGCCAAAGGCGGCCAAGGAACCUUGCCACCGGCAAAGAAACUGCCAAGCCGGCCAAGGAAACGGAACCUGCAAGUCGGCCAAGGAAACUGCCACAGCCGCCGGCCAAGGAACCUGCCAAGCCUGCCCAAGGAACCUUGCCAAGCGGCCAAGGAACCUUGCCAAGCCGGCCAAAGGAACCUGCCAAGCCGGCCAAGCAACCUGCCAAGUCGGCCAAGGAACCUGGCCAAGGCCGGCCAAGGAACCUGCCAAGUCGGCCAAGAAACCUGCCAAGGCCGGCCAAGGACCUGCAAUCCAAGCAACCUGCCAAGGAAAUGCCAAUGCAAGGAACUGCCAAGUCGGCAAAGAACCUGGCCAAGUCGACCAAGGAAACUGCCAAGCCGGCCAAGCAACCUGCCAAGUCGGCCAAGCAACUGCCAAAGUUGGCCAAGGAACCUGCCAAGCCGCCAAGCCAAGCAACCUGCCAAACCGGCCAAGGAACCUGCCAACCGGCCAAGGAACCUGCCAAGUUCGGCCAAGUAACCUGCCAAGUCGGCCAGGCAACCUGCCAAGUCGGCCAAGGAAGGGAACCUGCCAAGUCGUCCAAGAAACCUGCCAAGCCGGGCCGAGAAAACCUGCCAAGACCAAGGAACCUAGCCAAGUCGCCAAGUAAACCCAAGGCCAAGGAACCUGCCAAGCCGGCCAAGGAACCUGCCAAGUCGGCAAAGAAACCUGCCAAGCCGAAACUGCCAAGGGCCAACCUGCCAAGCCGGCCCAAGGAACCUGCCAAGCCGGCAAGGAACCUGCGCCGAAGCUGCCAAGGCCUGCCAAAAGAACCUGCAGAAGGAACCUCGGCCAGUGCAAGCAAGGAACCUUGCCAAGCCGGCAAGAACCUGCAAGUCGGCCAAGGACUGCCAAGCAGCAAGGAAACUGCCAAGCCGGCCAAGGAACCUGCCAAGUCGGCCAAGGAACCUGUCAAGCCGACCAAGGAACCUGCCAAGAACCUGCCAAGUCGGCAACUGCCCAAGGAGCCCAAGUCGGCCAAGGAGCCUGCCAAGUCGGCCAAGCAACCUGCAAGGUGGCAAGCAACCUGCCAAGCAAUCCAAGCCGCCAAGGAACUGCGCAAGCAACAAAUCGGCCAAGGAACCUGCCAGUCGGCCAAGCCUGCCAACCAAGAACGCUGCCAAAGUGGCCCGGCUGUGGCAACUAUUUCUAGAGGCUCAGUGGUACAUAGAGCAGCAUAUAUACUAGAACUAGGUGGUUAG